AUGUACGCUAAUUGGCGGAAAGUGAAACGAAAAUCUGCCAAGCCUCCGCCAAAAUCCCGCGCCUCCCCAUUUUCCGCCCAUGCGCGCCGCAAACCCAAUGCCUCCCAAGCCAGCGUGAAAACAGUCGCCUCGGACUUUGGUCUCGACGAACCUCUCCCCGACCAAGGUACAUCGCAUUACAUAUCCGAAACUGCAGUCGCAGAGAAUGUGGAACAGGCUAUCAGAUAUGUACGAACAAAAAUGUUCGACGAACUCCCCGAGCGAGCGGGCAUGAAUAGCACCCGCAUUGCGGAGGUUCUGAAUCUGCGCCGAUCGUUACCCCCACUUGCCUCCGUGGCCCAUAUACAUACCUUAUUGAAUGCGCCAACACAGGUGGAGCGACAGAUUGUCGAGUUGGUGAAGUCGGGACGCGUGCGACGUCUGGUCAUUCCAGGACGUGGCAAUGAUGCCGCGGGGCUAGGUGAUUGCCUAGUUCUCGCGGAGGAUUGGGAUAAUCUGGGGAUCUUCGAACCAGACGAAUAUAGGGCUUUAAUGCGUGCAGGCUUCCUCGUAUCAUCAUCAACAUUCACACAGGGAUCAUUGAGUCUCGCAUCUCUUCCUAAUCUUCCUGGCGCGGCAGUUUCGUCGGCCAGUCGGAGUAGGUCAGCACAUUCCGAUACUGACCAACCUGUGCAGAGUAGUGCUCAGGCUCGAGCUGCGACUUUAUUUUUAUCCCUGCCCAAUACUGGAACCUACCUCAAAUUACUCGGUGCUGGUCGCGCACACCUGCUCGCCCUUCUUCGGCGAUCUCGUUGCGCGGAGGCCCCGCUGGGCUUGCUUAGAGAUCGAUGGGAUGGGGCAGUCGAAACAGAAAAAAGCUUUCACUUGGCAAAAAGGGCCCGUGGCGAGUUUGCAGGAAUCUUGCCCGGGAAAACCAAAAAGUGGAAAGAAAUGUAUGGCAUGCAAUUCCGUUGGGUGCUGGAAGAGGCACUGGGCGCUGGACUUGUAGAAAUAUUCGAGACAGGUAGUGUGGGACCGGGAAUCCGCUGUCUAUAG